GAAUUGGUUGAUCCUCUGGUGUUUGUCGUGAUGCUCCCGACGGACGGAGCUUUCAUUCGUCAAUCGUCAAAUCCUCUGAAAACCGGUGAGUGGGAGAGCGCCCAUGGGGAACCUUACGUCGAACGUGGCCGCAAAGCUGGCAUUUUUCCCCCCAGAUCCGCCCACAUACACCGUUUUCAAAGACGCCGAUGAAGGGCGGCUGUGCGUCAGCGGCGUGCCGGCCGACAAGGACGUCGACGUGCAUUUGCUCGAGACUCAGGCGGGGAACAAGAUCGUCGCCACCUUCUGGAGACACCCUUUCGCCAGGUUCACCCUCUUGUACUCCCAUGGAAAUGCUGCGGAUUUGGGCCAAAUGUUAGAGCUUUUCAUUGAGCUCAGAGCGCACCUUCGUGUUAAUAUCAUGAGCUAUGAUUAUUCAGGGUAUGGAAGAUCUUGUGGUAAGCCAUCUGAGUUGAAUACAUACUAUGACAUAGAAGCCGUGCACUGCUGUUUAAAGAGCGAAUAUGAAAUCAAACCUGAGGAUAUGAUUCUAUAUGGCCAAUCUGUUGGAAGUGGGCCAACGUUGCACUUAGCUUCUUGUUUACCGAGGUUGAGAGCAGUUGUUCUUCAUAGUGCUAUUCUUUCUGGAAUACGAGUUCUAUGUCAGGUCAAGAUGACAUUCUGGUUUGACAUUUUCAAAAAUAUAGACAAGAUACGGCAAGUCAGCUGCCCAGUUUUAGUCAUCCAUGGUACAUCUGAUGAAGUAGUUGAUUUCUCCCAUGGUAAGCGACUAUGGGAACUUUCAAAAGAAAAAUAUGAUCCGCUAUGGGUCCAAGGUGGAGGACACUGUAACCUAGAGAGCUUUCCCGAGUACAUAACACACUUGAAAAAAUUCAUAAAUGCAAUGGAAAUACAUUCGGUGUCUAAGCGAGGUCAACCUCAGUUGUCUCAAUCCCUAAGUAUAAGUGAAUGUAAACCCAAUAAGUGCUGGUUUAUAAGAUUUCGGAGAAGGUAAACGGAUUGUCUUUACUUGCUCAAGAGGAAGAUGCUCUGUGUUUCAACGGAUUAUCACUUGAUAAGAGCAGCAGUUAGCUUUUCUGUCAAACACGUUGGCACAAUGGAUCAUCAGAAAACCAUAUUCGAGCGAUCUAAGUAUUAUGUAAACUAGGAAUGUCAAGAGUCUUGUGUGUGUGUGUGUGUGUGGUGAAGUGUAUCUUUUAUGUAAAGUAGGAGGGCUUACAAGGAAUGCCAGUCUUCUUAAGCAGCUUAGUUCAGGCAUAUUCUGGUCUGUUAAUAUUAAGAAACUACCAAUUGUGUAUACUUGUGAAUUUAAUUAGAUAGAGUGUAUCUCUCACCCCAAAAAAAGUGUAAAAUGCCGG